AUGAUGGUCAACAACAACCAGAUUGCAUUCAGUGUUACUGGGGCUGCUCCUGACCUUACCCAGACAGCUCCUGCUUUGAAUUUUACACUUACUCUGCUCCUGGAAUCCGAUGAGGAUUACCACUAUAUCAACGGAUUGCGCACUAAACACUACCCACCCGAUCUUCUGUUCAACCCUGCACACAUUGGGAUAUUCACUCGCCUGACGGUUCCGCCUGCUCUCGUGGCUGAGGUGCAUGCUGAUCUCGCUGAGAUGGGGCGCAAGGAGAAGCGCUUUACGCUCCAGCUUGCGCGCAAACCCCAGCUGUGGGGCAAAUGCGUCGUUCUGCCGGUGAUGUCCUCUCCGCUGGAGAGCAUGCGAAGUGCUCUGAAUAUUAGGUGGGCGGGCAUGGGUAUCGUGCACCCCUCAGAGCGUAACGGCUAUCAGCCCCACUUCACCGUGCAUGGUCGUGUCUCGGCCGCCGCAGCGCGCGCCGCACACGACCGCGUCUCGCAGUCGUUCGCCGCACGUGCACAGGUGAAGAGGUUGCCGCGCGGGCGCGCGCUCGGCUUCCAACUCUGGGAGUACCAGGAGGGGAUGCCGUGGCGCCACGUCGCGACCUUCCCAUUCACAGGAUGA